AUGUGUGGUUUCAGUUCAUUUGCACCACUAAACAGGAUGGAUGAGGUAGACUUCCUGGUGGGAAUAGGCAUGAAGGAGGAGGAUAUUGCAACAAUGCUGUUUGGAGAGAAAGUUGCUGAGCUGAGAGAAGACACGUUUGAUGGUUCUGAGCAGGAAAAACAAAUCCUUGAGGGCAUUUUUGGCAGCGGGCAGACCACUUCGCUACCAGGCGCAAUCAAAGCAUUGGUACCAGCUAGCACACCAUCCGGCUCUGCAUCUAGCAACAGGAUGGUCUACUGCCGCAUAGUCGAGUCCUUUACUCACGGCAGCCUAUCAAGCUAUCAUGUUUUAUAUCAUAGUGCUAAUCAACAGAUGCAGAAUGCAAUGCCUUGUACAGAUCAUCAUGGCAGGCCUUCUGAAUGUGAACUCGUGGUACAAGAGACGCCACCUUCCGGUGAUCGGGUGUACACUCGCAGGGCUGUGAUACGCAGGAGCCAGAGAGCAAAACAAUGCAGUAUUCUGGAUUGGGAGAGGGUUGACAUUAACAGUGUGGUCGCACAGCGACGGGAUGGCCGUGGUGGCUUUGGAAUGCUCUGGAACCAUCUCCGGCUGCACGCACAUCUUCUGAUGAUGGACGCCGGGUGGAAGAUCGAGGGCAAGGAAAGGGGGGACAAGAGUAAGGUCGACCUCAUGUUCGAGUCGCCCGACAAAGAAAUACGCCUAGCUUCUCUUCCUAAGGCUUGGAAAUGCUUUGGCCAGUGGUUGCUUAUUCAUUCGUCCCGAUUUGAUGGGAAUUACUAUGGAAAGGAAUGGUUCAACAUGUAUGAAUUUUGUUAUGAUUUGAAGAACACACUGUUAUGCUUAGAGCACGAGGUCCGGCGCCCGAAGCAAUCUCUAUCCUUCCUCCACCAGUGGCAACUCCUCGAUCCUUUCAUGGCAGUAGUUUGCAUCGAUAAGAAGGUCGCAGCUCUGCGGAACGGAGUGGCACUGAAAGCUGUGAACAGCAGAGUUACAAUCCUCAAUUGCAGCGACAUUAAGCUGUUGAGUCGCUUGAGUCGCAGGAAUGUUAACAAGCCAGUUGCGAUUAAGUAUUCAAGCAACUAUAGCGACACACAUCCCAAGUCACGGAGAAGUCUUCUGCCGCUUCUUCUAUCUGAUGGCCAGCCUCACAAAGAGGAAAAUUCUCUGCACAAUGAGCAGUCUUUUAUGUUUGGAACAAGCAAGCAUAGCCAAUAUGAAGUGCAGCAAAGGUACUUGACCAUGCAAGAAAUGAAUGAAAGAAGCGUCAGAAAUAUUCCUCAUCAUAUAGUGAAAGGUUUCCAAGAUGCAACAGAGCACAGUUCAAUGCCUACUUGCUUUAGUACAAAAAGAGAAUUUCCAUACUGUAAAAUGGUUCAGGAUACUCGAGAUGAGUCCGACCCACCAUAUUUUCCGCCUAGUUAUGCUUCAGAUCAGCUGGUUGAAAAUGUGCAAAUCAAGGUUCCAAGUUCUCAUGCCGGUGAAGCAAUGGAAAUCGCCGCCGAUAUGGGUAACUCUGCAGACAGUCCUUCUGACAAGUUGCUCAUAAGACCAGACCUGUUGUUUUCUCACGAGGUGGAUGAGAUGAUCCUUGGAACGACAGAUGGUGUCAGCAAUGAACAUCAUGCUGCUGCAGUUGUCUCUGAUUACCAAGCAGGAACUGAGGAUGGAAGGGGUGGACCUUCGUCUGGUACAUUAUCACUACCAGAAGAAAAGGAUGCACGCUUAGAAGCUAUCAGAGAUGAUGUCAACAAUGAACAUGAUAUUGUUGUACCUGGAUUCCAAGCAGGAAAUGUACAUGUGAGGGAUGAACCUUCAGCUGGUGCAUUGUCUCUGUUAGCAGAAAAGGAUACACCCUUAGAAGUUAUCAGAGAUGAUAUCAACAAUGAACACGAUGUUGUUGUUGUACCUGGAUUCCAAGUAGGAAAUGAUGAUGUAAGGGGUGGACCUUCCUCUGGUACACUGUCACUAUUAAAAGCGAAGGGUACAAACUUGGAAGCUAAAGACAUGAGCUUGGAACAGAUGACAAAAACAGGAUGGGUACCAUCUGGAGCCACUGGUGGCCCAUUGAAGAUCUCCGAACCACAAGUACUGUUUGUGUCCCCACAAGACGGGAGACUCUCUUUCAUGAACAACAGUACAUUUAAUCAAGACACGUUGAGUUGUCUUAAUUUUUCCCAUGAUAGCAUGGGGGCAAACAUGCAGCUGGAAAUCCAGACAUCUGCCUAUGAAGCGAGCUUGAUUCAGGGAUUUUUAUAUCUUGAUAGUGAGGGUUCUCCAAUUGGUUGGGAAGUCAUAAACCCAGAACCUCCUAACCAGUUGAUCUGUGGCCCUUCUUCUGAACCAAACUCAAAGGUGUCUGGACAUUGUGGUGAGCUGAACAUGCAGAAUGAAGCACUAACAUCUGAACAAAGGGAGAUAUCAGAGUCUGAUCCAAGUAAAAAUGGUCAAAAAAGGUGUGAGAAGGUUGCAGGUAUCAAAGAUGAUGUCCGUAGAAAGAAACAGAAAGUAAAUAGUGUUCAUGCAAGUCAUUGUGCAAUUGGUAAGAAUAUGGACAUUACAACUGAGGUUCCAGCUAGCUUUGUAGUUCACAAUGGGAAAGAACAGAUAGGUGCAACAAGCAGUGAGCAUGCUUCUUCGAAUCAAAAAAGGUCACAGGACGCUGCAGAUAUCCAAGAUGAAGUUCGUGAAAAGAAACAGAAAGUAAAUGAUGGUCUUAUAAGCGACUCCAUAAUUGGUCAAUGCAUGGAUAGUAGUACAGCUGAGAAUCCUACUAGGUGUGUGACACGUUGUGAGGAAGUACAGAUAAGUGCAUCAAGUCGUGAGCAGGUCUCUUUGACUCUAGUGCCCGAAAUUAAAGAGCACAAGGAACAAGCUGAAGAUAGCAGUGAACCCCCAAAACAGCUCGUGUCAGAACAACCACCCAAAAAGGAUGUCAAAUUUCGAAAGAAACAACCAUGGACGCGUAAAUGCAGGUUUGACGAGGAUGAUCUUUUGAUGACAGCUGUAAUACAUAGGCUGACCGCGCGUUACAGGAACCAUUAUAAUCGAAUGCUCAUAAAUAGAAUUGGCUUGAAAUCUCUUCCGAGGUCUCGCCUGGAGAAUGAAAAAAAAUGCGGCCGGCAGAAGUUCCCUAAAAGUGCAAGAACGGUGUUGAGCAAAUUACUUGAGAUGGGCAUUGUUUGUACAAUGAAUAUUCUCCAGUAUAGAAGGCCAGGACCUAAGAACGUGUUGAAAGAUGGGAACAUAACCGAGCAUGGCAUAAGGUGCCGGUGUUGUGACACCAUAUUUACAAUGUCCAACUUUAGGUGCCAUGCAGGUCUCAAACAAGAAACUCUGACCCUGGAUCUUUUCUUGGGUUCUGGUAAAUCUUACAGCCUAUGUCAGCUUCAAGCGUGGUUUAUAGAGCAAAAGAAGAGGAAAGAACGUGCAAAAGAUACUAUGUCAGUACAAGCAGAUGAAAAUGAUGACACUUGUGGAUUAUGUGGUGAUGUCGGUGAACUAAUAUGCUGUGACAACUGCCCUGCUAGUUACCAUCAGGCCUGCUUGCCUUGUCAGGCCCGAUCCUUUCUUGUGUGGCCCCAUAUCCAUCUCAGCAUGUGCAUCUCUGCUACACUUAACUAUUGGACAUGUCGCCUUUUAGUUGGCCAAUAUUUUGCACCAUACAACAUCGCAGGUCCAUCACAUGACAUUCCCUGGUAUCUUAUCGUAGGCCUUCUCCAAGUUAAUGAUGGAGGUCCUUCUAUUGCUCCUGGUAUCUCUCCUCUCACUGAUCCUGGGCUCCUGGAUUCGUCGCACAAAACGUCUGCUGGUAUCAUCAAAGGAGUCGCCCAAUUCAAUGGCAGAUCUCUCGUUCUCUCCAUUGAGCAGUUCGUCAAAGAAGUUCCAGAUGGCAACUGGUAUUGCUCUAGUUGCCUGUGCAAUGUUUGUGGGGAAGUGGUCAAUUCAAAGGCGCCUGGAGGUCUCCUACAUGCUUUAGAAUGCUCACAGUGUGAAUAUCGAUAUCACGUAAAAUGCAUAUCUGGUAAAGUUGUGUGCAAUCAGAGAAGUGGACUUGGUACUUGGUUUUGUGAAAGAAGGUGCCAGCAGAUUUAUACAAGCAUGCGUUCUCGUGUUGGAAUGCCUGACCACCUCGAUGAUGGCUUUUCUUGCACCAUACUUCGUAAUAAUGAUGAUCAGAAGGUUCACUCGGCUUCAGACAUUGCUCUCCUGGCUGAGUGCAGCAUGAAAUUAAUUAUUGCUUUGAGUAUUUUGGAAGAAUGCUUCUUGCCCAUCUUCGACCCGAGGACAGGGGUAGACAUAAUGCCCCCUAUUGUGUAUAACUGGAGGUCCGACUUUGUACAUUUGGAUUACAAGGGGUUCUAUACUGUAGUCCUGGAAAAGGAUGACAACCUCCUUUCUGUGGCAUCCAUCAGGUUACAUGGCACAACUGUAGCAGAGAUGCCGCUGAUAGCUACUUGUUCUGAGAAUCGGCAACAGGGGAUGUGCAGGCAACUGGUGGAUUACAUUGAGGAGAUGCUGAAAUCUCUGGAGGUAGAAAUGCUGCUUCUGUUCGCGAUACCAAACCUAGUCGAUACAUGGACAUCAGCAUUCGGGUUCAGGCCCAUCGAAGACUGUGACAAGAAGAAGCUGAGCAAGAUCAGGCUGGUCUCGAUCCCUGGAACUGUUCUACUGAAGAAGGAUCUGUAUGAAAGAAGUUCAGAAACAGGGGCGGGUGCGCUGCGAACCGAACAGCCGCAGCCAUUGGCGGACACCGGGCCGGUUUGCACAGCGGAGACCAACCUCGCCGACGAAGUAGGAGGCUUGGAGACCAAUCCGCCCCGCGCCGAUCCUCCGUCUGCUGUUGCUCUCGGGAAAUGUCAUGUAGAUUAG